AUGGCUGCCUCCACCCCCGACGAGGACCAGCUGUCCGAUGUCUCCUCCCCGCUCGAGUCGCCCACGAGCCCCGACCUGCCCUCGCCCUCGUCGCCGCCGUCGCAGCCGCCGCUCAGUCGCUCCGCCUCAGCCGCGCCCUCCACCUCCGGCAUGACCGUUUCGUCCACCCCAUUGGGCAAUCUCAGCGCUGCCCGCCACCCCUCCAAGCCCAGCGGCACGAACCUCCCGCAGGAUAUCCUCGAGCGCAUGAAGGCCGUUCACAUGGGCAGGCAACGCGCCCCGCCACCCAACCCAAUGCGCACACCCACAUCCGGCGCCGGCGCUCCCCUGCCCCCCCAGUCCCCCGGCGGCGCGUUCAUGGGCGGUGUUCCGAGAAACUUUCAACUGCCUGGCCAAGCCGGCAAGCCCGCCAUCGGCCACUUUCCCUCGGCUCCUGCCGUGCCGAACCUGGCGGGCCUGAAGAAGCCGUCGUUGGCGGAGAAGCGCGGCAUGGCUCUGCCCGGCGGCCUUCCGGGCGCUGCGCCCAACGGAAGCCCGGCGCCUGGCGGCAGGAAGAAGCCCGGCCUAACGCUUUCAGAUAUGAAGCCUCCUCCUGGCGCCGACGCCGGCGGCCAGAACCCCGGCGCAAAGCCCAAUGGCGGUUCCUUGAUGGACGAGUAUGCCAAGUACCUGGACAAGGAAACCGGCAACUUGAAGUUCGACGGAAGGGCUGUCCUCACGGCCCAUGGCGUCAAGUUCGCCAGCGGCUCCACCUUCAACAUAUCUCUCGAUGAGACAGAGACCCUGGACGAGUUGGGCAAGGGCAACUACGGCACGGUGUACAAGGUCAGACAUGCCCGUCCGCAGAUGAGAAGACCAGGGCUCGGUUUGGCCGGGAACAAGGCCAUGUCCAUGCCUGCGAUCCACGGCUCGCCGGCAAACAAGACCAGCGAUGAGUCGGAUGAGUCGAGUCCAACCGCCGCCCAACCCACCAGCGGCCCAACGGGCAGAAUCAUGGCCAUGAAGGAGAUUCGCCUAGAGUUGGAUGACGCCAAGUUCGCUGCCAUCAUCAUGGAACUCGACAUCCUCCAUCGUUGCGUUUCCCCAUACAUAAUCGACUUUUACGGUGCCUUCUUCCAAGAUGGAGCUGUGUACAUCUGCAUGGAGUUUAUGAAUGGCGGAUCGAUAGACAAGCUGUACGGAGAGGGCAUCCCGGAGAAUGUGCUGAGGAAAAUCACGCUUGCGACGACCAUGGGCUUGAAGUCGUUGAAGGACGAACACAACAUCAUUCACCGCGACGUGAAGCCAACUAACAUCCUUAUCAACAAUAGAGGCCAGGUCAAGAUUUGCGAUUUCGGAGUCAGUGGAAAUCUGGUCGCCAGCAUUGCCAAAACCAACAUUGGGUGUCAGAGCUACAUGGCCCCGGAGAGAAUAUCGAGCGGGGGCGUCGCACAGGCUGGUGCCAACCCCGGUGGCGGCACCUACAGCGUACAGAGCGAUAUCUGGAGUCUGGGAUUGACCAUAAUCGAAUGCGCUAUGGGCAGAUACCCAUACCCCCCGGAAACUUACAACAACAUCUUCAGCCAGCUCAGUGCAAUUGUCGACGGUGAACCCCCGGACCUUCCAGCCGAAGGCUUCUCCGACGCAGCAAGGAACUUUGUUAGUGGCUGUUUGAAUAAGAUCCCGAACCUCCGCCCGACUUAUGCCAUGUUGCUUCAACACGCGUGGCUGGCACCUCUCUUGAAGCCCGAGACGAUUGCCGAGGAGGACGAAGAAGAAGCGGAGGACGGGUCCGCAGCCGCGCCGCCUGUCGACUAUACUGGAAAGACGGCGCCCGAGGACCCCGAAGUUGCUCAGUGGGUUCUGGAUGCUUUAGAGAAGAAGAGGACUGGCAAGCUGGCACAAAGCCUGAAGCCUGCGCUGCAUGCUGCUCCCCUGGACGCAGUAUCAAGUCCUCAAGGCACGCCCUCGGCCGAACCCGACGCUCCCCCUCCGCCUCCCGCCAAUGAGGAAUAA